AACGGUCCGUUAACCCACCUCUUUUUUGCGUCUAAUGUGGCAUUUUUUAUGCUGAGAUGGACAAGCCACCUGGACAAAUAACCAAAAUUUUUUUUAUGCCCUUAAAUUCUAGGGAAAUAAAAUUGGGGCUUUGGGGAUCUAGGGUUUUAUUUUUGACAAGUUUUAUAUUUCCAGCUUCUAUGUCUUCUAUCGUCUUCUUCCCCUCUUCAUCUUUCAAAAAUUGAACAUUAUUUCUUUAAGAUUUGCAAUUCAUCGAGCAUGGCUUCUUCGUCAAGCUCUGAAUCAUCAAUGAAAACAUGGCUUUAUUUCUGCUAGCUUCUAUCGUCUUCUUCCCCUCUUCGUCCUUUAAAAAAUUGAACACUGUUACCAGGGCCGCCAUUGGGGAACUCUGCUUUCCCUCAACAGGCGUAUUUGGAGAUCACAAUUUUGUUUUGUCGGGGCCGCAAUGACGACCAGAAAGGCGAGAAGGUCAAACUCAUACAGGAAAAUUCUAAUGCAAAGGCGAAUUCAGAAUCAGAGGAAAUGAAGCUUGAAGGCGAUGCAGUGAUGAUCUUCGUAGGACUAACCGUAGGCGCUCCUCUUCCUUUGAAGCUCCCCGGCAGCUAUCCGGGCUCCAUCGGAUUCAAUUCCGACAGUUCUGUCUAUCUUGAUGAUUUGGACCUUGAUGAGAUUAAUGGAUGCAAAAUUGACUGUGCUUGAUUACUAUUUUGGCUGUCAGUUUGUCUAAAUGAUACCAGUUGGCAAUCACCAGAGGUGGAUUUGGAUUUUGCAUGGGUUUGAUACUGGCUUCCCUGGAAAACUCUAUAAUGCAAGAUCAAAUGACUGGCAAACAAAAAUUCAUUCAAGCCUAGCAAAUGGUGCAAAGAAGCUGGAGUUCAGCAAAAACAUUUGUAGUCAUGGGAUUUCUCUGCUGUUGAGUGUGUUGUUCAGAAGCCAUUGCAAAGAAAAAUCACACAUACGGGUAACAUAUAUGUCAAUAUAUCAUUUUAAUUUCUCAUACGGGGUCUAAUGUUGUAAAUAAUUGUGUGCUGGAUCUUGUUCUCUCAAUGCUAAGGGCAAAUGACGCGGUGGCAUGUUGCCUCUUCUUCAAGUGAGAAAUACUGAGGUUGAAGUACUGAACCUGUGUUGUAUGAAGAUAGCUUAUUUUAUUAAGACCGUCGCACUGGGAUAGUGAAAGGGAAGGGGCGUAGGAUUGGUCGCUUGUUUGCCUUGGAAUUUGACAAAGGACACAGUGAUGCUGGUUUAUUUGUUUCUUCUAAUAAUGAUGUCUCUAGUUCUCAUAAUCUUUGGCACUUAUGGCAUCGUAGACUUGGUCAUCUCAAUGUUAAGAGAUUAGAUACAUUAUUUACUUCUGGUCUUUUGAAUAAUAAAACUUUGCCAUUGGAUUCCAUUGAUAAAUCUUGUAUUAGUUGUUCUUUGAGUAAAAGUGCAAACUUACC